AUGACACAGGCUGGGAUACUGACUGAAUCUUGUUUUCCGUUUCAGGAAACCAACAAGCUCUCCAGGGAACCCGCCCAAAGAGACAGAAUCGCAAGCCCCAGAGCCCUGGGUCUCCCAGGCUUCCAAGAAACCGCCUCAGGGGAGGGCCUCCAGCAGUCUUGUGCCUUCUGUGGGGAAAGCUUUUGGAAUGAGAAUCUCUUAGAGCGGCACCAGGGAAGCCACUCAAAGGCCUGGAAGCAACUCAGCAAACAACCCGAGGCAGAGCAGCCUCGGAGCCAGACUCACUUCCGCUGCCUCGGAUGUGGGCGGGGCUUCCAUCGGAAGCCGCCCUUGCUUAGCCCCCUGGCGGUCGGGGCAGAGGAGAGCCACCCGCUAGGCCUCGAAAGUGAAGAGACGUGCGGCUGCCGCCUGACGCCACCACGGCCUUCCCCGUGCCCCGGUUGCGACGACAGUGCCUCCCGGGGGCCCCCGGGCGUGGAGAGGCCAGUCUCCCCGAGAGAGGGCGCCGGGGCAGCCUCCGAGCAGGCCGAGCUCCCUCCGAGCUCGAACCUGGCUGGUCAGGCGUGUGGCCGCUGGGCUGGAGACCCGGCGGCCCUCGAGCCUGGCCCCGGUGGGGAGAGGCCGUCCUCCUGUGGCGCGUGCCGCCGGCGUCCCUCCCGGCGGUGCGGGGUCUCCGACCACACCCACGUGCACCGCGCGGAGCGGCCCUGCCGGUGCGCUGAGUGCGGUCCGGCCUUCCGCCAGCGCGGGCGGCUGCGGCUCCACUGGCAGCCGCCCUCGCACGAGCCGCCCUGCCCAGGUCCCGAGUGCGGCCUGGGGUUUCAACUGAGGAGCCCGCUGCGGGCCCACGGGCUGAGGCACGGCGCUGAGAGGCCGCUGGCGUGUGGCGAGUGCGGCCGCGGCUUCGCGCAUCCGUGCAAGCUGCGUGAGCACCUGCGGGUGCACAGCGGCGAGCGGCCCUUCGGCUGUGCGGAGUGCGGCAAGAGCUUCCGCCUCAAGGGCAUCCUGAAGGCGCACGAGCGCACGCACAGCCGCGAGCGGCCCUUCCAGUGCGCCGAGUGCGGCCGGGGCUUCACGCGGCCGUCCAAGCUGGCUGAGCACUUCCGCGUGCACAGCGGCGAGCGGCCCUUCGGCUGCCCGGACUGCGGCCGCCGCUUCCGCCUCCAGGGGCAGCUGCGGAGCCACCGGCGCCUGCACACGGGCGAGAGGCCCUUCCUGUGCCCCGACUGCGGCAAGAGCUACCGCGUGAAGGCCGACUUGAAGGCGCACCAGCUGCUGCACGGCGGCCCGAUGCCCUUCUCCUGCGAGUGCGGCAAGGGCUUCACCAAGCAGUCCAAGCUCGUGGAGCACGUCCGGACGCACACGGGCGAGAAGCCCUUCCAGUGUCCCCAGUGCGACAAGCGCUUCCGCUUGAAGGCGCAGCUGCUCAGCCACCAGGGCCUGCACACCGGGGAGAGGCCUUUCCGCUGCCCCGAGUGCGACAAAAACUUCCGGGAAAGGGGCCACAUGCUCCGGCACCAGCGCAUCCACCGGCCUGACCGGCCAUUCGCCUGUGCAGACUGCGGCAAGGGCUUCAUUUACAAGUCGAAACUGGCCGAACACGUCCGAGUGCACGCGAAAUCCUGCCGUGUCCGCAGAGAGCCUGACGUUAAGAAAAGGCUCAGCCAGCUGUUUGCGAUGAUCGAGGCCGACUGGAGUUGAGGCCAAGGAGGGCACCCAAAGCGGUCAGCCGAGUCGGUGUUGCCUGGAAAUCCACAGCCGAACCCCACAUCUGGUAAGACAGAGCAAGAAUGGAAUGCAAGUUAGGAAUAGGAGAAACCACAAAGAUUCUCUCGUUUAAAACAUCACCAGCUAUUAAUAUAUUUUUUUAUCCAUUGAUAAAAAGAGGUAUUUGUUCUUCCCACCAUCUUAUAGGGUCAUUUCCCCACCACAUGCUAAUAAGCUAACUCUGAAAUCCCUACUUGAAUUUAGACAGCAGGAAAGCCCUCCAGUACUGUUCUCAAAAGCAUGGGAUGGCUGUUAAAUGUCAGCUCUUCUCUUCAUAGUAUGAACAUAAGCAGGGGGUUCAAUCCAGUGAAUUUUGUUGCAGGUGUGAAAUGAUACUGGAUUUGGUUUUGAUUCAUUUAUUUGAAGCUAAUAGCAAUAAAAUGAGUUCUCCGAA